GUCUCAGAUCAGACAGCUGCAGGGGUCCUGCUUGCAAUACAAGCUGAACGAUCACCCAGAGAUCAGCUCCUGGCUGCGCAGUUACAAGAGGCUGUCUGAAAGGGAGAGCUACGACCUGUCCCAAGAGGUGGAGCCCCCUGUGGACUCCUAUCCUGCCUCCACUGGAACCUGGAACCACCGGACCCUGGCCAAGAAGAUGAUCUGGCUGCUGAUGGGCUCAGAGGGGUCCGGCUCUAAAUCCAGUCCGGACCUGGUCAGUCUCACCUCCUCGGGAUCCAACGGGUCCGAAACGGAAGAUCUCACCGUACCCAGCUCCCCUCGCCGAGCAAAGCACAUGGUACGACCCUGGGUCCUGUCUGGCUGCUCUCGGGAUCUGCGUGACGAUGUCUUCAGCUCCUCCGAGCCCUCCAGCCCCCUCCCCUUCCUCCAUCCACUCCAGCACCGCCGCUCCGCCUCCAUGACCUCACUUCCUGUCUACAACCAGCAGAUCGACGACUCGUGCAUCGUGCGGGUCAGCGUGGAGUCCAGCAACGGAAACCUUUACAAGAGCAUCCUGCUGACCAGUCAGGAUAAAACGAUGUCAGUGAUCCAGCGAGCUCUACAGAAACACAACGUGGAAAGUGUGCGUUCCGAGGACUUCCAGCUGAGCCAGGUCCUGCCAGGGGGCAAAGAGCUGAUCAUCCCAGACAAGGCCAAUGUGUUCUACGCCAUGUGCACCUCGGCCGAUUACAACUUCAUCCUGAAGAGGAGGCGGGGCCACAAGACUCCACCCACCCCCACUGCGGGGUGGAAGAAGUAGAACUGCUGCCCUCUAGCUGUGGGGAGGACAAACGACAAAAAUGAAGUCUAUCCUAUUUGAAUGUAAUGCAAGCAAAUAAGAACCAGAAAUGACUGCAAACCCAAACAAAACCUGCUUUUCUGAAGCUAUUUUAAAUGUCUGGCGCUCCGACAAGACUGACCGCUGAUUGACCACUGUCUUCAUUUCCAAGAAUAAGAAAUUCACGAUGGCUACGAGCCCAACACAAGAGUUCACUGCUGUGUUCAGAGUGACACUGCGUGCGAUUGCAGGCAGGCUUCCCCACACCCAAUCGAAUAAACCCUGCAAGAGAACGAGGAUGGAAACUCAACUGGUUUGCAUGUUCUCUUUUAAAACUGAAGGCUUCACGUUGCUAAAGCAAUAACACAUCGUAAGGAAAUGUCAUAAUAACGCCUGCAGCUACUGGCAUGUAGGAAAAAACGUCGCUUAGUUUUUAGGUAUCAAGUUCCACGUGUUUCAACAAAGACCUUAACCCCCUGUCAGCCAGUUUGGGUGUUCUGUUGCCGUGGAGACGCCCUGUUUUGUUGCUGUGGAGAUGCCCUGUUUUGUUGCCGUGGAGACGCCCUGUUUUGUUGCCGCGGAGACGCCCUGUUUUGUUGCCGUGGAGGCGCCCUGUUUUGUUGCCUUGGAGACGCCCUGUGGGCAGCCGUAGCCAGGCAGUGGAAUCCUGAUAUAACAGCACAUAAUGAAGGAUAUUUAUUGAAGCUGUGUUUAGAUAUGUGUGUUUAGUUAAACUUGUACAUGUUUAUUGCUGUGUAUUUAAUUUAUGGUGUGCCUGUUUCAAACGUUCUGAUUGAAUUACUUGCCUUUUGUCUGCGAUUGCCGGUCGGACAACAAUAUCGAAACUCCUGCCAUAUGCACCACAUACUUUUAUAUAAAACGUAGACUCGCUCGCUGACAUGUUCAGUCAGUGCCGUCCUGGACUACCCACGCUGGCCCCACACCCUAUUGACAAUGUUAUGGCGGGUCAUCCACUUGUUUGGGCUGUGCUUGUCCAGUGUGUGGAUAAGAGUAUCUUGAUAAUGAAUAAAGGCAUUUGUUCA